UUCGUGUUUUAAUAGUAUUGAUCUCUCUCUUGUUACAUACAAUUCUGUUAUUGGCUUGACGUCAUGAUUUGAAUUCUUAUCCAACUAACAGAUUUUUUUACUCAUUCCUCCAAGAAUCUUGAUUUCUUCACUUCCUUUUGCUCUGUUUUAACAAUUAAGAUGUUGACUUUCCGUGAAAGUGAGAGAGAAGUGGUGUAAUAAGCUUUAGCGUCUCUUCUUCUUUGCUUAAAUGGAUUUAGUAUUAGGCAAAAAGGGUUUAGAUUUUUCUCUAAGACACAAGAAGUGGAUUCUACUUGCACUAAUAAGUGGUUAUGGUGCUUUCAGAGUUUAUCAUUCUCCUUCCAUUUCCCAGAAAAGAAAGCGAAUCUCUAAGCUCUUUACUCUUCUUCUCAACCUCGUCGAAGCAGCAACACAUUCCGCCGAAGCGGUUAACAUAAUCUCAAAGGAUCUAACGGCGUUUCUCGGCUCCGAUUCGAAUCAAAUCCCAAACAGCUUGAAACAGAUUUCCAAAAUCGCCAAAUCGGAUGAGCUCAAUUCUUCUUUGACCAGAUUCACACAAGCCGUAACCGUUGGGUUACUCAGAGGAUGCCGGUCAGAUUCCGGAUUGGGUUUCACGGACCGGGUUAUGGAUAAGCUGUUCACGAAAUCAGGGUCCGGUUUUGCGUCUGCGAUCGUUGGUAGCUUCGCUAGAAACUUAGUCGUCGCGGCGAAAUUCUCUGGUUCGAAAUUGCUCGACGCGGUUUGCUCCGACGACGGGAGAAAACUAAUCGGCGAUUGCGUUCAGCGUUUCGUGACCACGGCGGUUUCGAUUUACCUCGACAAGACGACGGAAGCCAACGUCUUUAACGACCUCUUCGCCGGUUUAACCAAUCAGAAACACGAACACAAGGUUAAGCAAACGUUAGUAACGGUUUGUAACGGUGCGGUUGAAACGUUCGUGAGAACGGCAGCAGACCGAUCGUUAUUUCAAACGUUGAUCGUUGGAUCAAAACCGACGUGGCUCGAUCGGGUUUCGUCGUCCUUGGCUGUACUGAGUAACCAGAAAUACGUGGUGGAUUUAACCGGGAGGGUGACGUUUGAGACGGUUAGGUCGUUGUUAGACGUGUUGGUCGAGAGAGCGAAUGGUAAAGUGGAGAGUUACGUGGAGAAAGUUAGAGAGAGAGGAAACGAAACGAGGAGACUGGUGAGAGUUAAAUCAUCUCUACUACAUAGUUUGUGUUUACAGAUUGUUGAAGCUCCAUGGAUACUCACUCCAAGAAACUGAUCAGGCUAUAAGACAAGACCCAGUUUUUUGUUUUCAAAACUAACACUAGACUUGUGUUUUGUUUGGGUGAUUCUUGGAUUCAAUCAAAAAUUUUGUUUUUUUUUCCUUCAAUUGGAGAAGCAAAUGAUUGUUUUGUCUUUUUCUUUUCUUUUUUUUUGUGAUUCUGAAUGGGUGUGGGGUUACUUUGUUUGAAUGUUUUGGAUUUGGAUAUUUGGAUAAUUAUAAAGCGUGCGUGGGACAUUAUUUGUUAUACACUUGUAUGUGUUUUGUGGAUAAAUAUGGUAUGGAACU